GCAGAAACCAAAUAAAGAAAAUUCAACUCCUAGUUGAAAGACUCUUUCUUCUGUAGUGUACAACAACAACAAAUCAAACAUGCUGCUGAAAUAUACGCAAGUGCAUAUAUUGGGUGCAAGUCUUAUUGGAAUAAUCUCUGCUCUAGCGAUGCAUCAUCUUCGCAAAAAUAAAUCUCCUAAAGUUGAUAAUCACAUGAUAAUAAUAAAUCAACUGUCUCCUAUUUUGGAUGCAACUGAAUCUGGCCGUGCUGGUGGUAGACUCGAAAGAUUUUCCCAUUAUGUUGCAAGGCAACUGGGGUUUAAGGAUGAAAGUGAGUGUCCUGGAUUAUGUGAGCUAGUACAAGAAUACUUGAAGAGAUCCAAAGGGUGUGAUGAUGGCAUCUUUGAAUACUUUGCAAAUGAAGAAGAUGCUGAAUCUUUAUAUGUCAAAUUGGAGAAUGAAUUAGAGAGGUGCAUUCUUGCGUACUUUGCUUUCCAUUGGAGUAAAGCUUCUAUAUUGAUUAGCCAGGUGUUGAGUGUUGAUUCUGAGCAGAAAAGACUAAAGGAUUUGGUGCUGGCAGCUACAAGGAAGCAGAGAUUCGAGAAGAUAACAAAGGAUUUGAAAGUUACAAGGGUAUUUUCUACACUGGUAGAAGAGAUGAAGGCUAUUGGAACAGUAUCAUCUAACGGUAACGAGUCCAAAUGUACGGACGUAAUGGUCCCUGUAGCUCACAGUCAAAGAAGUCCAGUGCUCCUCCUUAUGGGUGGUGGAAUGGGAGCUGGAAAAAGUACCGUCCUUAAAGACAUACUCAAACAGUCAUUUUGGUCAGAAGCAGCUGGAAAUGCAGUGGUAGUAGAGGCAGAUGCUUUCAAAGAGACUGAUGUAAUUUACAGAGCCCUUAGCUCAAGAGGUCAUCAUAAUGACAUGCUUCAAACUGCGGAACUGGUACAUCAAAAUUCAACCGAUGCAGCAUCGUCCCUCCUAGUCACAGCUCUUAACGAGGGGCGUGACGUUAUAAUGGAUGGAACCUUAUCAUGGGAGCCAUUUGUUGAGCAGACCAUAGCCAUGGCAAGAAAUGUACACCAACAUCGAUAUCGAAUGGGGGAGGGGUACAAGGUUGCAGAGGAUGGCACUGUUACUGAAAAUUACUGGGAACAAAUUGAACAAGGAGAAGAAUCUGCUAAUAAGAUGAGUAAACCUUACAGAAUAGAAUUGGUGGGAGUUGUUUGUGAUCCUUACCUUGCUGUUGUUAGAGGCAUCAGGCGAGCUAUAGCAACAGGGAGGGCAGUUAGAGUAAAGUCUCAAUUGACGUCUCACAAGAGAUUUGCAAAUGCAUUUCCUAAGUACUGUAAUCUUGUUGAUAACGCCAGGCUAUACUGCACCAAUGCCUUAGGCUCAAAACCAUCGUUGAUAGCAUGGAAAGAUGGAGAGAACAAAAUGUUGGUGGAACCAGAGGACAUCAAAUGUUUGGAAAUGGUUAAAAAAGUGAAGGAAGAAGCAGAAUCCAUAUACGAGCUUUACGAGCAAGAUGAUGUAUUGUCCCAGUCUGCUUGUUCAGUCUGGAAAGACAUGGUUUUAAUACCAUCAAGGUCUACGCUCCAGCAAGAGCUCAAAGUUGCAAUUUUAAAGAUUGAAAACAGGGGAAAAUAGGUGUUUGCUUCAAUCCUCAAAGUUUGAACAGGGCAACAACUUUUUAUUUAAUCCUUGCUCAAAGGUCAAACGAUUCGACAAUCAUUUAAUUUUUUUUUUAAUACAAAUGAUGUUGAAAUCA